CAGUUUUGUGCCUUGAUACACUUGAAUUUUUAGGAGAGGAUUCCACGUUGGAAAAAUAGAGUUUUUAUAGAGGAGUUGUUUGGGGGGAUGACCGAUACGAGUGGACUAAGUGUCCACGUAAUAGACUCAGUAUGUGGUACUGCUGCUCAAGGCAUUCGAGUAUCUUUAUAUUACAAAGAGAAUACGAGGGAUGAAAAGUACUCUCUUAUGGUAGAAGAUGAGACCAAUGCGGAUGGUCGCGUUGACCAACUUGCCCCUGAUGGAACUUUGGCACCUGGUACAUACAAAAUCCGUUUUCAUUGUUUAGAAUACUUUUCAAAACAGAGCAUGACUUGUUUUUAUCCAUUCUGUGACGUGGUCUUUUCGGUUGGAAGUUAUUUUUCCCACUUUCAUAUCCCUUUGAUCCUCAGUCCUUUUGGUUAUACUACAUACAAAGGCGUAUAAUAGGAAUUCACGUGAUUUAGUUUUCAAUUCACUAUACUUUCAAAAGAACGAAAGGAUAUUUGUUUCUUUAUUCGCUAUUGAUUCUCCAAACAAGGACGCUUUUUAUAAAACACAUUUUCUCUCUUUUUAUAUAUCCAAAGAUAACCAACCAAACGAUCGAAGCAAGUAUCCAAGAAAAGAUCGUUGGCUUUC